UGCUGUCAAAUGAUUAAUCACGAUUAAUCGCAUCCAAAUAAAAGUUUUUGUUUACUCAAUAUAUACAUUACAUAUUUUUCUUAAAUAUAUACAUGCAUGUGUUUGUAUUUAUAUGUGCAUAAUAAAUAUACACAGUACUCAUACAUGUAUUAUGUGAACAAAAACCUUUAUUUUGGAUGCAAUUAAUCGCGAUUAAUCAUUUGACAGCACUAGUAUUUACACAUUCUUUGUCUGCUCACCGUGUAUGUAUAAUAUUUUACACUAACUUGUUAUAAAUAAAGGUUUUAAAUGGCAUUUAUUGUUCUGUCAAUCUGUGGAACCUUUUCGUUCCACAAAACUGUCGAUUUGUCAGUGUUCUUUUUUUUUUUUUUUUUUUUUAGUCUGUUUAUUUAACUUUCACAAUAAUAACAGGAUACAGAUACAGGAAAAUAUUUUCACCCCGCCCACCCCCCAAAGGGAAAAAAAAAAAACAAAAUGAAAUAAAUACAUUAUAAUAAUGAUAAAAAAAUAAAGUAAAGUGUAAUUAAACAAACUAAAUAAAACAAAAAUAAAAUAGAAAAAACAUAAUACAUAUUGUACUAUAAAGAAUUUCAAGCAUAAUGUCUCGAGUGUAGAAUAUAUGUUGGAGCAUUAAAGUUUAUAGACAUUUCAACCAUUUAUCAAAUGUAUACAUAUACAUCCACAAACAAAACCUUACAGCUAUAAAGUAUAUACACAUACACAUGGUAGUAUCCACACAAAUAAUCACACACUCCUAACUAGAUUCAAGCCACAAUCAUAAUAACAUCUUAAUGCUUAUUUUGACACACUCUAGACAUAUUCAUGUACUGACAUAUUCAGAAACAAAACAAAAAAAAUGAAGGGAUCCCAGAUCUCAGAAAAUAUACCAGUGUUGCCCUUUAAUGUAUACCUAAAUUUUUCCAAAUGAAUGAAGCUCAUAACAUCUCUCAGCCAGUCAUCAAAUGAUGGAGGGAAUUUUUGUUUCCACAUCAGAAGAAUGCACCGUCUAGAUAAUAAUGUUAAAAAGGCAAAAGUCUUUGCAGUAUUUCUAGGCAAACCAGUGACGUUUGAAGAAAGUCCAAAAAGUGCAACCAAAGGGCAUGUAAAAAUGUUCUUAACACAAAGAAAAAUAGUUUUAUUAAGAACUGUUCACUGAAAGGAUCUUUGCUGAAACAAAAAUAGUUCUUCCAUGGCAUCGCUGCAAAAAGCCACUUUUGGAAACUUAAUUUUUGGCAAGGAGGAAAGAGACUAAUUAUAUUUCAUUAUAUUUAUAUGUUAAGUAUCAAAUAAAAUUAGAGGAUCACUUUUAUAAGUUGGCCAUAGAGUGAAUGUAUAAUUAUAAUAAAAGCGGUUAAGUGAGUUUGCCCCACAGCUGCCAUUUUGGGCAAAAGCUCAGUUUAAUAAUUAAUGGCCAAUAAUAAGACAAAAAUGACAUGGCUUUAUAAAUUAUGGAUUUGCCAUCAUUCACUCUAAAAAAAUUUUUUUUAAAAAUCCGUAAAAAUAAAGCACAAUGGUCAGUGCCGAUAGCCUCGUGUUUAGUGCGCCGUCAUACAGCGCAACUGUGCUCGCAGCGACCCAAGUUCGAAUCCCGUCUUGUGGUCCUGUCCCACUUAAGGCACUAAAGCCCAAAAUAUAACUUUAAAAAAUAGAGCACAAUGUACUACAUUAAUAUUAAGGAAUUUUGUGUUUUGAUUAUUUACAGGUGUUUUUCCUGUAUUUAAAAUUUUGUUAUGUUUUAGCAUUAAUGGAAAUGUCUAUAAAAUUAAUGCAUAAUGUCAGUGUCCUGGCAGAAAAUUAACAGUACUUUUUUUUUUUUUUUUCUUUUUUUUUAACAAUGUAUAAUAUGUAAAAAAACUGUGAAUGUGGUCAUUGUCUGCCAUUUAAAAAAAAAAAAUGAGAGCUGCACAUUAUUCACGAUGUUUAUUCUCACAGACAGUUAUACUGUAUAUGAUGGGCCCUGUUUGUCAGAACACUGCUCACAGAAACAGUGCACAAUAGUUUCAUUGACUAAGGGUUGACACAUCUUACCCCACAGAUUCCCGAUUUCAGUGCCAGUUCUGCCAACGUGAAGACUAGAUCAAAUGCAUCAAAUGUCUUACAGUUAUGAGAACUUGAGGAGAAAAAUGCUUGAUCUUUUUCUAUGAAUAAUAAUUCAGUUAAAGAAAUGGCUCAACCAAAAAUGAAAAUUUGCUAAAAAUGUACUCAUUCUUAGGCCAUCCGAGAUGUAGAUAGGUUUGCUUAUUCAUCGAAACAGAUUUGGUGUUAUUUAGCUCACCAAUAGAUCUUCUGCAGUGAAUGGGUGCCGUCAGAACGAGAGUUCAAAUAACUGAUAAAAACAUCACAAUAAUCCACAAGUAAUCCAUGUGACUUGAGUCCAUCAAUGAACAUCCUGUGAAGUGAAAUGCUGUGUGUUUGUAAGAAACGGAUUCAUUAAGGCUUUUAACUUUAAACCAUUGCUUCUGGCCAAAAUACCAGUCCAGAAUACAUAAUAACACUUCCUCCAGUGAAAGGUUCCUCCUUUGGUCCUCUCACAUCAAAAUCCCCCUUCAUAUUUGUUUUGGACUUUUUUAAACUUUUAUCACUUGUAAACUGUAAAAGAGUUAUGGAUAGAAGGCUCUCGUUUUAGCCUGUAGCUAUGUUUGUUAGUUAAAAACAUCUUGAUGGAUUUGCAUAUUAAGGACAGGCAGCUUUUCGCUUGCUAUUCCUUUUAACCCUCUGCACAAAGAAUGACAUCACUACAAUAGCAGUGCAAUAAGAGAGUGUGAAUAACAUUUAUAACAGGCCAGCAGUGAAACUGUCAAAUAUACAUGUAAAUACUGUCCACUUUUUUACUUUUCAGCUCACAAACCGUAACACAGGAUGCACCUGUAAUUAGAUCUCUCACAGACACUAGAGUUGCUUUCUAAUCACGCUGUGUGGAAUAGUCUCUGAAGGUUUUGUUUUUCUUACAUGGGGAUUGCUGGUCAAAAAGCAAGAGGACACUGAACGAUGUGAGGGUUAAACCCAAAAGGUGCCACUAAAACUUCUAAUGGUAGAUGCCCUUCCUUGACUUGACUUUGAUAGAUUGUGUGGUAAAUUUAGGCUAAAUGUAAUGUCAACAGCAAGCCAAACCAGUUGGCAAGACAGUUUAUGGUAUGGGCAGUGUUAAUACAAAACUCAAAGUAAACAAAGUACUCAUCAUACCAGUCUGAUAUGUGAACAACAUUUUUGUUUCAUUUUAGGAGGGUGGCAUCAGGUUUUUAUUUUUUAAUGUAACUGUAGCUGGGAACUUAUUUAAAUUACUUAUUUUAGGAUUUGCAGAGGGGUUUUUUUCUUUCUGGCUGGUUGGUUUUGGAAAGUCAAAUAAUAAUUGACAUUUCGAAAGCAUAAAUGUGUGUUAUAUAAAACCAGUGUGUUAAAAAAAGGGCACAGUAGAUCAUGGAAAAUACCUACCACUCCUGGGUAGUGCAUUUCCGCAUAGGAGUGACAAGAUUAAAAAAAUAAAAAAAUAAAUGAGGGUCAACUUUAAUUCUUUGUGUGUGUGUGUGUGUGUGUGUGUGUGUCAACCAACAGAGUUCCUUACUUUUAGAUUGUAUAAUAUAUCAGUCUAUCAACCUGUUGUGACAGAUCUAUUUGUUACUGUAAAAUGUAGGCUACUGACAUUAAUUAACUCUUGGUAAAAUGGAAGGUCACAUGAUGACUUAAUCACAUGGCAAUUCAAUAAUUUACUGUAAAAAAAAAAAAAAAAGUCUUUAAAAUUUAAAAUACUUUAUAUUAGCCGCCAGCAUGUAAAUAAGACUAGAGCUGGAACAGACACACGAAUAAAUAAUAAUAAUAAAAUAAAACUGAAUAGCCUAAAUAAUCAUAAUAAUGUAGCUUAUGUGUCAGUUCAUUAUCUCCAUCAUUUCAGAAAAACUGCUAAAUUAUCCACACGAGGCAAAAUGCAUGUCCUUUGUGAGAGAACAGAUUUGCUGGUAGAGCUUGGUUUUUGCAAAGCCAAAUCAACUCCCCUCACAUACUGAAAGUAAAAGCAAGCAGUGAGGUGUAGCCAGUUUUGGUGUUUGCCAGACAAUGCCUGAGCCUGUGUAAUCUGAGGACACGUCGAGCGCUUAUUACAGUAUAAAACAUUUUUUGCUUCACAACUUUAAUGUUAUGGAUUAAUAAUUCUUCAGUAAACAUGGAAUAUCUCUUUGAAACAGAUGCUGAAUCGCAAGAUAUUGUCCCAGACCCAAUGUCUGAACUCUUACCUGAAAAUAUCAUCUCAAAAUAUCUCGAGUCAUUGGAGUCUAUUGAAGAUGAUUUCGAUCCGUCCAUCCUUUAUAACUUUUCAGGUGACAUAGACACAACCUCCACGCCAACACCAGAAAAUGCUACUUUCCCAGAUGAAGUGCCAAAAAAAAUACCAAAAGUUGUUGCAAAAACCCCCCGCAGAAAACGCAACAAAAAAGCAACAAAGUACCCUGAAAGUCCCUCAAACGGAAAGACGGCCACCAUUACCCCUGAGAGUAGUUUCCAUCUGAGCUCAAACCCAUUCCAGCAUGUAUUACAUAUUCCCUUCAGCCCCUCUCUUCUCCCCUCUAGUGGAGGUUCACCACUACAAAUCAUCCAGACCAUUGGCCCUUAUACACCACCUCUAUUCGGCACUGUGGUUCCACCAGGGUCUACGUACGUGAUUGUCUCGCCCCAGUGUGUGAGUCCAGGCACUCAGAUAAUUCCUCUUUCACCUGCCAUUGGCACAGUUGCCCCGCCAGAACUCAUUGGUUCUGUUCCUGUUGGCUCAUCCUCAGACAGCGCAUGGCAGGGUUCGCCAACAGUAGACACACUCUCCCCUACAAAAGACCUACAAAAAAACUACGAUUCCACAUCUCCAAAAACCGAAACGAAAAUCCGCCCAGAAGCACCAGAAUGUGUUAAGGACUACAUACAUCACCUAAAAUCUUUCAUGAGAGAUGUCUGCUGCUCAAUGCGUGGGGGAAUGGGAAUGGAGUCACACUACGUGGACACGCAUCUGGUUCAGAGAAAACUCCUUAUCAAAUCUGGCAAGAAUGCAAACAAAUGUCUGGAGAAAGAGCUGGUCGUCCUUAGUAAUUCAGAGCGAAAGAAAGCAAAGCUGGACAGAAGCCAGUUGUUUCCAAACAGUGAUUCCAAACCAAAACAGUCUGUCGCUCUCCUUGGAAAAGCCGGAGCGGGGAAAACCACGUUCAUUCAGCGUUUAUGCUUGGACUGGGCAAGUGGCAGCCUGCCUCAAUUUCAGUUUGUUUUUUUGUUGAACUGUAAAAUUUUAGACUUCACACAAUCAAACUACAGCUUGAAAGGCUUGCUGUUUGAUUUGUCUAUGUCUCCUCGCUGCGAAGACUCGGACUCUGUGUUCAAACGCAUUCUGUCCUGCCCUGAUGAAGUUCUUAUUAUCUUCGACAGCUUUGAUCACAUUAAAGACUUUGAGGGGCUUCUCCAGUCCCCUGCUAAAUCACACACAAACACUAAAUACACAAUCAAACAGCUAUUUUCUGGUUUGUUCCAAAAGGAAAUCCUCUCGGGCUGCAAGCUUCUCAUCGCUACGAGGCCUAAAGACGUUUUAAAUCAGGUUCUGCGAAAAAUGGACAGCCUUUUGGAGCUUUGUGGCUUCUCUCCUGAGGAAAUUGAGCUGUAUACGUCAAAACAUUUUGGAGACGCUUCCCUCCAAGAAAGUGCACUAGAACAGAUUAAGAAGGACAGAUACAUAUUCAGUCUAUGCUCCAACCCGCUGCUUUGUUGGACUACCUGCUUCCUGCUUGAGCACCAAGAAAGCUGCAAUGAAUUGCCUUCAACCCUCACGGAUUUGUACCAAAGAGCGACCUCAAAGCAUCUACAACUAGCUAGCCUUGAAAACAGCACAUUGUGUAAAAACAGAAAACAGCUGGACAUCCCACAAUUGUGCAAAAUGGCAUGGGAGGGAUUCAAGAAUCAUGAUACGCAUGUAAAUCCUGCCAGCUGUACAGAGCUGCUGGACUGCGCUCUUAAAAGUGGCAUACUUACAUCCUACAAAACAUCUGAGGGUCAGGAAAACCACUUUUCAGACCUUUUCACUCAGAACCUCCUGAGCGCUGUGCACCUGGUACAGUCUAAACAGGUGAACGAAAAAAUGGUGGUGGCAAACAGCGUAGUCCAUCAGAAGAAACGAAAGGUUCAGGGAGAGUCGCAGGACGUGCUGCAGAGGUUUAUCAUGGGCUUGAUCUUCCAGAAGGCUCCUGAUGGAGUCAGCAUCCUGGACAGCAGUGUCAACAUAAAAGCCAAAAGAAAGGCUGUCGAAACCCAUCUGGAGAGCAUGAAGCCUAAUGAUUUGGUUCCUGCCAGGUUACUAGAACUGUUCCAUUGUGUUUAUGAGACCAGCAGCACCAAAUUUGCCAAACUGCUGUUGAAGAACCUGCCCGACAAUCUGUCAUUCUAUGGGACGCAGCUUUGCCAAUCGGACGUGUAUGUUAUAUGCCAUCUCCUUCAAUAUGCCAGCACACUGAAGCGGACCUUCUCUAUUAACCUGCAAGAUACAUGCAUUCCCAUCAGUGGCCUGAAAGAGCUUGUGGGACUCAAAUGUAUCAAAGAAUUCUGGGCACAUACAGCAGACACCAUUGGAUUAUGGGAGGACUUGCACCAAAGCAAUGAUGAACUGAACCUGAAAAGUGCCAUUGAGAAAUUCACCUUGCACCCAUUCAAGGCAACCGAAGGGUAUCACAUCGAGAGCCUGCCUGUCCUUGUCCAAAUUCACAGAGAGAAGAAGCUACCAAUGAGUGAAUUUGUGUCUGCACUGGAUGAAGGUGUGCCAGCCCUCCGGCAUCUUCAGAGACUGGAAUUUGAGCUUGGAGUCCAGAACGGUCCUGAACUUCUCCCUAAACUCGUAGAGGUCCUGCCUUCUCUGCAGUCUCUCCAACAUCUGGACCUUGAGAAAAACCAAAUAGGAGACUCUGGAGCUGAGAAGCUAGCUGGCGUUUUACAUUUUUUGGAAUGUCUGAAAUUGCUAAAUCUGUCUCAAAACCUCAUUGGAGAUGCAGGAGUGGAGAAACUAGCUAAAGCUUUGGCAUCAGUCCCUUCUCUACAGAGCCUCAGCCUUUAUGGAAAUGCAAUUGCUGACAUUGGAGCUGAACACCUGGCCUUGGUAUUACCAGACAUGAAUUUCCUGCAGGACCUGGAUGUUAAGUUCAACAAGUUCACAGACAUUGGAGCUACAAAGCUCAGUGCUGCUCUGAAAAACUGCACAGGAAUGAAGUCCCUGGAGAUGUGGAAUGACUGCAUUCCAUAUGGAGUUUUUGAACACCUCCGUCUUCAAGAUCCACGGAUAAGAUCACUUUAACGCACAUUUAAAAAUUACAAGAUUUUUUGUUUGUUUGUUUGUUUUUGUUUUCUCAUCAACGUUUGUCAACAAGGACACUAAACUGCUUUAAAAUGUUGUUUCACUUUCUCAUUGAAAUGACUGUACAUGUGGCUUGUAUUAUGACUGACUUGCACUUUCUGAUGCUUUUGUGAAUAUACUCUUCCACAACAUUAAAGGUACUUUUUAUACUGUAUUUUUUUUUACAAUAAACACAAGUUCUCUGAG